AUGGGCUUUACCAAAUCACUCUUAAACCACAAAAUAGAAAUUUUUCUCUGGACAUACAAGUUUUUGAUCAGCAGUCUAUUUGAGGUACAAUUCCUAGACUUAAAAGAGGACCGUGGAAUAAGGAAUUAUAUAAGAAACAGAUAUGGAUUGCUGAUUACGGAGAAGGUUCACGAUAAAGAACUGUUAAUUGGUGCCGACUUUUGUGGACAGCUUUUCACUGGAAACAUGGAACGUCUUCAAUGUGGGUUGAUUGCCUGUGAAACUCAUUUAGGCUGGCUUGUUAUGGGCAGAACCACCAAUGAUUCUUGCGACCCAUUACGCACUAAUGCUUCUGUGAGUAUCACCAUGUUAAUUCAUAGUGAUAAAAUAGAACACUUUUGGGACAUGGAAGUUUUAGGAAUCAAAGAUCCUGUUGAAAAGGCACCAAAAGAAGAAGAAGUGAUGAAAUUUUUCAACGAUACCUUGUCAACUGAUAUUGAUGGGCGCUAUAUGGUUAAAUUACCCUGGACAGACAAUGCUGAUCUUCCGGAUAACCGAAUCAUUGCCGAAAAAAGACUUCUUUCCACCACAUCCAAGUUAAUUUCUUCAGGAAGAUAUUUAGCCUAUGAGUCAGUUUUCCAAGAAUGGGAAAGGGAUCAAAUAAUAGAAGUGGUUCCUGAUGAAGUUCCGAAGGGGAGGUGUCAUUAUCUUCCUCACAGAGGAGUUUUUAAGGAACAUUUGACAACUAGAGUAAGACCAGUAUUUGACACCGCAAGUAAAGAAAAGGGCAAAUUUUCUCUCAACGACUGUUUAGACAGGGUUUGA